ACAUCUAUAAUAUAAACCAACGAAAACCAUAACGUAAUUGUACAAGUUCAAGGCUAUAAGUGAUUUGGAUCGUUCGUUCGAUUUUUUGAUAAUGAUAUUUUUUUAACGUCGUUUUUUUUCACUGUUCAGUGUGAAUUUUGUUGCUUUUCUCACGACUGUCGCGUCAAUCUGAGAUACUAAUUAUAAUCUAGAAAAAAAAGUACCACUACAAGUACUUUUAGAAUUUGACAUGUUUUGACGAGUGAUUAACAACUUGAAAUAUGAGCAGCGUCGUACAAACUUUACCAGUAGCUUUGGCCGGUGUUGCGGCCAAUGCGGCCUCCAACGUUGCCUGGUUUGCACCUUUACUCAUAGCAGCUUUGGCGUAUUUUCAUUACGAGGUAAUGGACCCGGAAUCCAGACCUAUCGAUAUGGAGACCGAAUUACUCCAGCCACAAUACGAUUUUAUAGUCGUUGGGGGCGGAUCUGCUGGAGCCGUUGUUGCAAAUCGAUUAUCAGAAAUGGAAAACUGGACGGUGUUGUUGUUAGAAGCGGGAGGUGAUGAAACUGAAUUAUCAGAUGUGCCAUUAUUAGCGGCUUAUUUGCAAUUGAGUCAGCUAGAUUGGAAGUAUAAAAGUGAACCUCAGCCAGGAGCAUGUUUAGCUAUGAACAAUAGACGAUGUAACUGGCCACGAGGUAAAGUGAUAGGAGGCUCAAGUGUAUUAAACUACAUGCUGUAUGUACGAGGCAACAAGAAAGAUUAUGAUCACUGGGAGACACUCGGAAAUGUUGGAUGGAAUUCUGAAGAGGCGCUCUAUUAUUUCAAAAAAUCUGAAGAUAAUCGGAAUCCCUACCUAUCAAGAACUCCAUACCAUUCAGUUGGUGGCUACUUGACCAUUCAAGAAGCUCCUUGGAGAACUCCUCUAGCAGCCACAUUCGUGCAAGCUGGAGUUGAAAUGGGAUACCCAAACCGAGACAUUAAUGGGGAACAUCAAACAGGUUUCAUGAUACCUCAAGGUACCAUUCGUCGAGGUGCUAGAUGCAGUAGUGCAAAGGCUUUCUUACGCCCAGCCAGGUUACGUAAAAAUUUACAUAUCGCUAUGAAUGCUCAUGUCACUCGAGUGCUCAUUAAUCCCAACACCAAAACUACUCAUGGUGUUGAGUUCUUUCGUAAUGGUCAACGACAUACAGUCAAGUGCACUAAAGAGGUAAUUAUAUCUGCCGGAUCUGUGAAUUCACCACAAAUCUUGAUGCUUUCUGGUAUAGGUCCAAAAGAGCACUUACAAGAGAUGAAAAUCCCAAUAAUACAAGAUCUCAAAGUAGGUGAAAAUUUACAAGAUCAUAUAGGUUUGGGAGGAUUGACAUUCCUCAUCAAUCAAGAUGUAUCAUUAAUGCAAGAGCGAAUUCAAAAUGUUCAAACUGUAUUGAAUUAUGCUGCAAUGGGUGAUGGACCUUUAACUGUACUUGGAGCUGUUGAAGGAUUGGCUUUUGUCAGCACUAAGUACAUGAAUGAUACUAAAGAUUACCCAGAUAUUGAAUUUCAUUUCAUAUCAGGCUCAACAAAUUCAGAUGAAGGAGAUCAAAUACGUAAAGCUCAUGGUCUAAGGGAAGAUUUCUAUCAAGCUGUGUAUGAACCAAUAGAGCAAAAAGAUGUUUGGUCAGCCAUUCCGGUACUGUUGAGGCCCCGUAGUCGAGGAGUUAUUAAACUCAGGAGUAAAAAUCCUCUCGAAUACCCACUCAUUUAUCCCAACUACUUUACUGAUCCUUUGGACAUGUUGACCUUGAUUGAAGGAGUUAAAAUGGUAGUAACAAUGAGCAAAACAAAGGCUUUUCAAAAAUAUGGUAGUCAAAUACACUCGAUACCAUUUCCUGGAUGUGCUAAUAUUCCAAGGUUCACUGACCUAUACUGGGAAUGUAUGAUCAGACAUUAUUCUGUUACUAUUUAUCAUCCUGUAGGAACUUGUAAAAUGGGACCAUUUUGGGAUAAAGAUGCUGUAGUUGAUCCACAACUACGAGUACAUGGUAUAAAAGGCUUAAGAGUAGUGGAUGCAUCCAUUAUGCCUACUUUAGUCAGUGGUAAUACAAAUGCUCCAGUCAUCAUGGUCGCAGAGAAAGGCUCUGAUAUGAUUAAAGAAUUCUGGAGUAAUGAAGUUUUAUACGAUCAAUGAUUUGGACAAGCAUUCAUUUACUCAAAUAUCUCCAUGGCUGUGAUUUUAUUGUAUAUUAUUCACUUAUUUUUAAUAAAUUAUUUUUGUUUUGAAAAGAAUAAUUUAUUUCAAUUUUAU